UGUCCUGUGCUGCAUCCUGUCUCUACUUAGCUUGUCUUGUCUUAUAUCAAACUGAUCAGGCACGUAGCGGGCAUGGGACCCAGGACGACACACACCGACAACCGCCCCUAACCACACGCCAGCCACCACAAUCACCAUCCUCCUCAUCACUGUUGCUCUUUUCGACUGAUCAAUCGUCACACAUGAAUGAUUCUGUGGCAGAGUUUGUUGGUCCGUGAACAGGGGACAUGGGCCAGUUGAGAUAGGGCGAGUACGGGGUCCCCCCUGUCAUGAACUUGGAGCCAAUCCAAAGGAGUCAGUCCUUCAGAACCACACCGCCACUCAAGGAACAUCACCGCCAUCACAGUUCCGUCCUCCACCAACCCUCGGGACCCCAACGACCCUCACCACCCCCACCGCUGCCACCCGAACAGCGGGCGUCCCCUGAAGUUGAACUUUGACCUCUCCACCCUGGGGACAGUCACCUGGAAUGGUGAUUCCACUCAAGGCAUGAAACCGCUGGAGGCUAUACGCUGUACCCUACCUAACUGCCCCUGUGAGUGUUUUUCACCUGGAAAGGUACACAUACGGGCAUGUGAUACCUGCAAGCAUGGUUGGGUCGCUCAUGCAUUAGACAAGCUGGGUUAUCGACACAUAUUCAAUCUCGGGAUGCAGGUGGAGGUAGUCCAGCCCAACAUUGUCUUUGACAUUGCCAGUCUCAUGUUAUAUGGUGCCCAGGCCACACCCAUACGGCUCAAGAUUCUCCUCGACCGACUCUUCAGUGUCCUCCAGCACGAUGAGGUCUUACAGGUCCUACAGGGCUUCGGUUGGAACUAUGAGGACUACGCCCGGGGGUACAUACUUCAGGAUUCUACGGGACACGUACUAGAUAAAUGGACGGUGGCCACACGAGAGGAGGAACAUAUCAUCCUCCAACAGUUCCUGCGCUUUGGAGAAACAAAGUCUAUCGCCCAGGAAAUCAUCUUACAAGAUACCAAAGAUCAGCAAGACCUUUUCAUCAAGCAGUCAUCCCGAGCUGACUCUGAGAUCAAGAAAUUCAUCGAACGAAGCAACCACUCUAUGCAUAGUUACAUGCAUAGUCUUGAAUCUAGGCAUCUGUUUGCCAAUAGACUUCCAUUUGUGCCCGUUGGCAGUCGUCUUAUGACACCACCCGUUCUGCCCAACUUCUCACCACCCUCGUCUCGUGACUUACGACCUCCUGCGGUGACAGCCUCUCCUAGCCCAGUAACCACUUCUCCGCUGGGUAGACUUCAGACAAUGCAGCCAUUUGACUACAGGCGGGAGCAAGGCAGUCCAACAAUCAGUCCCAGCAUCCCUGAGAAACAUUUGCCAGGAUCAUCACCCAGCGAAAGUCCCAAAAACCUCAGCAUCACACCAACAUCACACAGCUCAUCUACCCCUCCAUUCACCCCAAUAAAAGCCCCCCCAGAGAGCCGGGAACAUACACCAAUUACCAUAGCAACGCCAUUGGCGACCCCCAUGACGCUUCCAGUAUUACCUCCGCAGGAUGACAACUGUAACAAUGCCAUUGACUAUUCCACAAGCAGCAGCAAGGAGCAGCAGGAACUCCAGGCGUCGGUCCUUUACAAUGAACGAAAAAUGAAACACUUUCGUAAAUCCAGCCAUCCAGUCAAACGAAGCUGGACACCUUCGUCUAGUUUUGGAUGUACUUUCAUUGGGCCAAAUGGAAAGAAGCGUGUUUUGUGCACAGCAUGCAACAAGACAUUUUGUGAUAAAGGUGCUCUCAAAAUCCACUAUAGCGCUGUGCACUUGAAGGAGAUGCACAAGUGUACAGUAGACGGGUGUAAUAUGAUGUUCAGCUCCCGACGGAGCAGGAACAGACACAGCGCAAACCCUAACCCAAAGUUACAUAUGCCCCAGAAGCGUAUCAAGUUACCCGACGGAGCCAGUAUCAUUGACGACGGCACUAAUAAAUCAAGCCGAAUGCUUGGAAGUCCCAUGGUGGGCAGUCCGCCGACUAUGGUGAUGCAUUCAUCUCUUGGAUCAAAGUCUCAGCUGUCCCCAAUGGACCUCGACUCCUCAGAUCUGGCCCGCAGCAACCAUGCUUUCUAUGCAGAACUGAAUGCCCAUUUAGCCAUGUUUCCUACACCAGAGAAAAAGCACAAGCUGGAUGAAGACUUGGACAGUCCUCACGACUUGAGUAUGACCGACAGACGAGACAUCAAGAUGGAAUCAGACUCGGAAUUAGAUGACAUGAUUGACGAGGAUUCAGCCAUUGCCGAUUCCCCACAGCAGAAGACAUCUAGUCGACGUAAAACAAUGGUCCCCACAAGGUGUGCACAGGAAGAGGACCAUUUUGUGAUGAGUGACGAUAAUUCUGAUGACCGAGACCCUGACAGUUGUAAGGAUGGGUUAAAGGAACGCCACAGCAGACCAAGUUAUACCAGAGGGGAAAUUAACUCUGGAUGUGAGGGGUCGACAAAGUCCCGAUCGCAACACAAUGGCAUGCAGCAAUGCUCAGACAGUUCAGGAGAAGACUGUCAUGAAGGAAAUGGCGAAAUGGAUCAACAAGAGGAGACUUUUUUAUCCAAUAGUUAUGGCAGGGACAAGGAUUCCUGUCACCCAAGGAAAGACUUCCCAAAAAUUGCUUCUCUUCUUUCUGGGAACAACCAAGCUGUUGACUACUCCACGCGACGUCAGGAGGACUUCGAUGACAACGGAUCAAUCUGUUCUGUCAUCAGUCAUUUAUCUGACAUGGAUUCUAACCAAUCGCUGUCAUCCAACGAAUCACAGAGCUUCCUCAGCAACGGCAUGUCAACAGAAAGUAUGGAUGUACCGAUUGACAAAGACAAUCCGAGGAAAUGUACUAUUUGUAACAAAAUCUUCCAGAAUCAUUUUGGUGUAAAGUCGCACUUUCAAAACGUCCAUCUUAAGCUGAUGCACAAAUGUACAGUAGAAGGCUGUAGUGCUGCUUUCCCGUCAAAACGCAGCAGGAACCGUCAUGCCUCCAAUCUUAAACUGCAUAGUAAACUUCUGUCAACCUCCGACACUGACGACAGCAACCAAGUGUACAUCGACGAGGGCGAUAUGGAUGACGAGGAUGAUUUGGAUGAUGAAGAUGAUGAGGAAAUGGGUAUCAAAGAAGGGGAGGAGGAGGAAGUAGCAGAAGAGGAGGAAGAUGAAGAGAAAAGAAAAAUGCUUUCAGAGGAAGCAGAUAAAGGCAGGGACAUUGUGAAACGUGUCAAUGGUGUACAUGACUCGGACAACGAAGACAACGAUACAGAUAUCGAGGAGGAAGGCGAUAUCAAUGAAAAUGGAAAGGCAUAUUCUAAUGGGAUGGAAAAUGGCAUCGAACUGGAGGAGAUAUCUGUAGGGGAGAAUGGCGUUGCAGUGAACUGCCAUGUGUGUCAGUCCAAGUUCAGAGACAACCUGGCGUUGAAGGAACACUUUGAGAUCAACCAUCCCAAGGAAAUGUUUUACUGUACAGUCAAAGGAUGUGAAAAAAUCUUCUCAACAAGGAAAAGCAGAAACCGACACAGUCAAAAUGACAAUCUGCACCGGCAGCAUGGGACAGUAAAGCGUAAUGGCAUAUCCUGAUGUCACCAUGUUUUUCCUGAUUAUUAAAUAAUACAUGUUCAGGGGUGUGAGCCGAUCAUUGGCUUGGACGACGAAGGAAUUCUUAUACAUUAUUAUCACACAUAGUUUAUGAACAUUGCAACGAGAUAACUUAUGCAAAGAGACUUUUUUUUCAUACAUCUUUUCUUUUGAGAGAUAGUAUGACGUUUUUUUUCAAUUGUACAAAGCUACAAGCAAUAAGUGGUUAUGAAGAUUAUGGAUGUUGUUGAAGGGAAUUUAUGCAGGUUACGAAAAAUUUCAUUGAGGUGUAAUUAUUCUGCCAAAGUGCUGAUUCAAUCAAUACAUACGUGGAUACAUCUCGAAAUAGCCUCCAAUACAAGGGGGACAACUAUGCAUGUUGUUAGUGUGGAGAUGACGUGGAAGUGUUCACAGUCACUAGUAAAGCAUUAAUUGAUGUCUAACCCUAGAUCUCAUAAAGUCUGUAGGACUUUUGUUAGUGGGAAGUAUCCUGUAUACUUCUAUUGGACAGGAAGAUCAAUGUUAUCACGCUUAUCACACUCGUUAAUAAGUAUCCAGAAUCACCUGCAGGAUUUACCUGUAUACUUACCUGUAUACUUACCGGCAGGUUUUACCUAUAACUUCUAUAAUGUUAUGAGAAGCAGGAACUAUGUACCAUACUAGUAAAGUGAUAAGGGGAUCUAAUCUAACUUAAAACAUCGGGUACUGAUUAUUAAAAACAUAUUAACGCUGUAUUAUCUACUAUUUCAGAGAAAACAGUGCUUUCUUCAUGACAAUGAAAUCUGUCAUCCUAAAUGUUUUUUAUUUGUUUUGAGUAUUUUUUACUAUCAGCAAAUGCUGUGUUAUGAUAGCGUUAUUAGUAUUUUUUGUGUUAAAAGCGUUUAAUGAUGAAGUGAAGUAUAAGGGUGUACUUCAAUAGACUAUCGGUACAAUGAACUACGCCUGUUCAGUGGGUGUAUUACUUCUAGAACGAGUAACCUAGUCCCAAACAAAUUGGUCCCGUUACUCAUACCGACCCGUUACCUGAUCAAUUUCCUGUUGUCAUGGUAACAGGUUGAGUGACAUGUCACUGAUUAAAAUGUUAUUAGUUAAAUAAUCACUCACGUUGUUUGGGUGUCUGCCUAUAUCUACCUGGUAAACUGAAAUCUAGUCCAUUUUGUACAGUAUUACCAAACCCUGUAGUCAUGGUAACUCGCAAAAUUAUGGAAAUAUAGAAAAUGGCCAAAUGUGAUAUGUUUAUAAUAUUUUAACUUAUUUUUAGCAUGUUAAAUAGUUAUGAAGUAAAAGUAAUGUGUUUUUUGUAAUGGUUAUUAUGUAUAAUAUGCACGGACACUUACUUGACGUGUAUCGGUAACAGGUAGUGAGUAAUCUGGGACCUGUACCUGUAAAUACUGUUGAUAGUAUAAUGUAGAUACGUAGUGGCGUAAAGCUUCUCAGUCUCGUGGUGAUCCUUAUCGUCUGGUGUUGUGAUAAAGUAUGUUUUCAGCAAAACUCAGGUAUGCAAAUAUUUUCAUAUUCUUAAUUUAUUUUAGCCAUUUCGGAGUACAGCCAGUGCUAGUUGUGUAGUUGUAUGCUCCGACAGUCCUCAGUUGUCUCCCCUUUGUGGCCAUGAAAUUUAAAUCAAGAUUUUACAUUUUUAUCUCAAAACCUGUUCUUUUGAGAGGAAGAAUGGCAGCCAAUAUUUGUUUGAAAACAUUUUACUGAAAUUUAAGGCUGAAUUUGAUGCUCGUUAUAAAUUUUCACUUAUAAUUUCCUUUGAAACAAAAUAAUGAAACAAAUAUCAAAUGAAACACAUCUUUUUUCAGAAACAUUAUCUAAAUUCUAGCUCACUGGUUCUGCAGUUUGAUGAUUUUUUAAGGUAUAUCCUUAUUAAAAUGUAAUAAAUGCCAUAUUAAUAUUUGCUGUAUUCAUGGCAUACCAAGGGAGGUAACCAAGCCACAAAGAGGAGACAACCCUUGGUUAUUUUUGUCAGAGUAGCAUGAGAAUCUCCAGAUUUAGCUGUUGUCAUACUUUUUUAUGCAAUACCUCACAAUUGUUUUGUCCCUCCUCCAUAUAUUAUAUAUAUAUCAAUAUCCUACACAGCGUGUAUACCCCACUCUGCUGAGGAUAAAGUAUAUCUCAGCCGUAAUUGUUUCAAUGGUAUGUAAGUAUUGUAUGUUGUAUUUUUAGAUUAAUUUAUUUCCUGUAUUGGAACGAGCUAGUUAUGUUAGUAGAUUUAGGGUACUUGCACAUUGAUCCCGCCGUGUAGAGGAUUGUGGGGCCAGCUUUGAUACACUAAACCAAUCUACUGAACUUCAGCCAAAGUGAUAUUCUACAAACAAUUUUGUUUGCCUUUUUGUAGGACACAAAAAGCUGCAAUAUUUAUUUGAAUAUUUCCUUCAUUCAUGUUUAGCAUUGUAAUUUGCGAGAUUUUCUAAGACACAAGAUAGAAUGAUGAAAUCAUUUGUUAGUAGUAAGAUUAUACAAUGUUGCCAAAUCGUGUAUUUACACACACAGUUGCUAGACUAUCCAGAACAGUAGCAGAUCAUAGAAUCGUUUGUUUCUUCCAUUCAUGUUUUUCCAUUUUUAAAAUGUCUCCCGAAAAUGGAUGAAAUACGAGUUUCAUUUCUCAAGUGUAAUUUCAUUCGCCAAAAUAGGAGAAAUGCAAAAUAGUAGAUUUAAGAUUUAUUCCUGUUAGAAUGAAUCUUUUGUUAGAGUUGAUGCUUCAGGCAUAACUUUUUGAUAGUUGUUACUGUUUUAAUUUGUUAAUGACAGUCAUGAUAAAAUAUUGAUCAACAGGUUAUGCCAAAACGAUACUUGCAAUCAAUAUUUGUUUUUAAUUCUUUUAUUAAUUAAUGCCCAAAACAAUGAAAUAUUGAGAAGAAAGCAAAGUCUCUGAUCUCUUGUUAACAAUGUGUAUACUUUUUGAAAUCCUCAUAUCAAUUUUUAGUUCCACAACAAUGUCUCAAAGUUGUAUACAAAUGUAGUUCUUUGAUUAUUUGUCAAACAGGCUUUUUGUGCAAUCAAGACACAGAUUUUUUAUAAUGCAAUAAUUCUUGUGUAACUGUUUUAGAUGAUUUUUAGUGGCGUUGAUGUUAUUUGAGCCGAUUCUGUAGGACUGGAGUUCACGGCCGGACACACUCGCAAUAUGCACGUUUUUACUGACGUUACGGUUUACUAUGCAGUUAUAGUUAGUGUGUUUUAUAUGCACAUUUUUUUUAUAGUAUGCAAUCAGUUAUUGAUGUCAUCGUAAUUAUGCAAAUCUUUUUACCGCAACCACGGAGUACUUAUGUUGAGUUUUUGUAUAAAUUGUAGGUAUAUUACAUAUAUACGUAAUCAUUAUUGUUAAAAUUACAUGAAAUUCCUUCUAUUGCACUUUUUUUUUUGUUGGUACAAAAUCCUGCCAUUUAUAUCUGCCAAAAGGCUAGUCAGCUUUCAGUUAAAAUUACUGUGAUAUUGUUGGGGGUUUUAACUGAAUUAGUCACCUUGUUCUUUUUUUUUUUUUUUUACUUUGUUUAAAGCUGAUAAUUUUUGUACUCUACCUGAUGUAUAUAAUGUGAAUUGAACACCACUGUUGAGUAGAUGAUACUUUGGUCAAAUUUUUUAAUAAACAAGAUUUCUUAUUUAUGACAUCUUGAAAAUUUACACCUCCUGAAAAUUAAAAUCUAAUCUUCUGGAAUUUCUUUUAAACAAUUUUUUUUUCAAAAUAUUAACAACCAUUUGAAAAGUUUAUUUGGUUUUUUGUUCAUCAAAAUCAAUUGUCAAUUAUGAAAAACAACAUUUAUUUUUUUUUUUCAAUAAUCUGGGAAUGAGCAAUAAAUCUGAUGUGUAGUGUAGUUCAUAUUACAACUGUUAUACUGUGUGUAGUAUUUCAAUUAUCUCUAGUCAAUUUUGUGCCAUUCGCACAUCCGUCCAUUUUUUAACUUGACACCAUGUAUUAAUGUCUCGUAUUGCAAUGAAAUGAAGCGGAAGAAAAUCUCAGUUAACAUUAAUGUAGAAACAAGCUUUGCUCUGGUGUGUUUUAGCAUACAAGCGAACAUUUAAACAAAGCCCUCGAAUGAUGUUUAAAAGUAACUUGCAAAAACAAGUUGACAUAAUAAAAGUUGGAAAAAAAGAGAAAUAAUUUAUUUACACCCCAUCAAGUCAAAGAUUUGAGUUAUUGCACAGGUUUUCAUUUUUAUCAUAUUUGAUAUUUCACUGUUUAAAGUUGUUCCCCUCUGUUGAAGAAAUGGUAAUCAGCUAUUAUUAACUCCUUGGGUACUUACUGAUUUGUUUUGUAACUAGUUCAAAGUUAUUUUUAUUAAAUUUGAAAACUAGGAACACCUAAGAAUAGAAAGUUUGUUUCCUCUAGAAAUCAUCUGGCCCCGGGAUCAUGAAACAAUCUAAGACUUAAGUUAUUGCUUAGCCAAUCACGUAUGGUAUCACUUUUCGUGACCUUAUUUGUGAAUGGCUGAGGUCAAAUUUAGACUAAGGAUCGUUUCAUGAUCCUGGGGCCUGGAAAUCAAAAGCUUCACACGGAGACCUGCAGAUGAAAUGAGGUUCUGAGUACACAGUUUGAUAAUUAAAAUGAAAACAUUUGCAAUCACAUCAAAUAUGGAGGUGGGCGGGGUCAAUCACACCAGAUCAGGAGGUGGGUUUGGUCAAUCACACCAGAUCAAGAGGAGGGCAGUCAUUUUUCACCAUAUCAGUAUUUUGGUAUUUCUCACCGUUAUGUAAAUAUGUAGACAUUGCUUGGACCUAUUACAAAUGGUUUCUGAGAAGUUUACUCAUUUCACCCACUAGAAUCAUUUUUGAGAAUUUUACUCAUCAGAGAAUUUGUAUCGUCUUCCACCAAGAUCCACCGUGAUUUUAAAAGUCGAACUUUUUAUUUGAAAAAAAAAUGUUGGCUGCUGUAUGUCUCUAGAUUCUGUCUCUGUAAACAAUGGGUGGUGAGCAGCCAUCUUGUAAUAAUGGGUGGUGAGCAGCCAUCUUGCAAUAAUGGGUGGUGAGCAGCCAUCUUGUAAUAACGGUUGGUGAGCAGCCAUCUUGUAAUAAUGGACGGUGAGCAGCCAUCUUGUAAUAAUGGGUGGUGAGCAGCCAUCUUGUACAUCUUGAAUGACCAUCUUGUUGAUACUUCUAUGAAUAGUAAAUAGCCAACUCACUUGUAAUAUAUGAAGCAACGUUUGUUAAAUCAGAUACAGACUGGAGGUUUGUAAGCUUCUGUUUUCAGUAGUCCAGAGUUAUCAUAAAUCUUUCUUGUGUAAUAAUAAGCUUGAGCCUUAUACAACAAAUUUGAAUCAUUUCUACAACAGAGCUUUAUUUACUGUUUCUCUUCAAAUUAAAUUUACAUGAAAUACACAUUUGUGUUGUACUUAAACUGUGCCAGAGAAUAAUACGAUGUUUUACAAUGUCAUACUACAUUGUAAUAGGAUGUAUUCUACAAUAUAUUGUACAAUAAUGUACAAAUUCGGCCAUUUAACGAAUCUCGACACACUGUCAAUGUAUAACUCCCACUGUACAUUGUUUGACUCACUAAGUACAUUGUAUAAGUAUAAUUCUGUACAAUGUUAUACACUCUCUGUAUAUUGCAUAUUUAUCACUGUAUAAACCCUUGUACAUUGUUACACGUUGUAUAACUCUGUACAAUGUUAUACAUUGUAUUACUAUGUACACUUGUAAUAUGAUAACAUUUUAUCAACAUUCUAGUGUCUCUAUGUUUCACUUUACCAUAAUUGAACACUGUAGUUUGUACAGUUUCUACAUUUGAACACAAUCAUUUGUACACAUGAGUCAGGUAGAUUGGUAGAAUGUGCAGUUCAGUUAUAUCUGUUGUUGAAUAUUUUCAAAUAAAUAUUUAUUAUAAUUACGACCAGUUUUGUAUCAGUCUUAGUACUAGAAUAAAGUUCAUUUCUA